AUGCCGGCGCCCUUGAGCCUGCGCACAGUGCCGGAGGAGGAUGCUUCGCUGGUUGGAGUUGGCGAAGACGACAAUCCAAUUUGGGGGUUUUCCCGCCGGCCGCGCUCCGCCUCCUCGCCACCCCCGCCCCGGCCCCGCGACUCCGUCGCCGACACCAAAUCCGCGCUCUGGCCAAUCUCCCAGCCCCCUACCGCCUCCGCACCCUCCGCUGCCGCCGCCGUCGCCAACUCAUCACCUCCGGCUCCGCCAGAGACCUCCCCCAUAACGGCUCCCUCCGACUCGCUCGUGCAGGCGCCGUCCUCCUCCCUGCCUCCCACGCACACGCAUUCCGCUACUCCAGCGCCCGCGCCCGCCGCCGGCAAGGAUGCUGAAGGCCGAAAGGACAAGGACGACGACGGUGACCACAAGUCCGCCCCCGCGCCCGCCCCGGCGGCCCAGGAGAUUAAGGCCUCCAGCACCGCCCAUCAGGGCGAUGGCGCUGAUGAUGGCGAGGUUCACGAGGAGAUGAACGGCGGCAAGAAGGCCGGCAUGGUAGCCCUAGCCGCUGCGCGGCCCUGCCAGCCGAGGCGCCACCCUGCUCGGCCUCCUCCCCGGAUCUGA